CGGGUUAAUCAGCUUGAUUUUCUGUAACUGCGUGUUUAUGUUUCAAAUAUGAGUCUUAUACAAUCAUCGAACCAUCAAAUAAACUUUACACCUUGUGGUGAAGAAGUUUUAUCAUUCGCGGAGGAAAAUGGCCGCCCCAAAGAAAGAUGGACACCUCUUGGUGCAAACGCAAGUCCUGAACUUGGUUAUCAUGCGUUUGAAGAGAAUCACAUGGAUAAUGAAUUUGACCAUGAGUCUGAAUUAUCCCGCCUAGCCAUAGAAAAUGAACACCUUAACAGUUUGUUGAUGGCUUUCACUUCUCACAUUGCUCAGGUGCAAUUUCGUCUAGGGCAAGUAAUAAACGCUGAGUCUGAUAGCAGAGAGCUCAUGCUUAAAUCGCUCGAGGAAUUCGCUUCCAGAGGAAUCCCUGACAUGCAAUCACUGGCGGAACAAUGCAGUAAAUUAUCUUCAGAAUCCCAAGCAUGUACUUCAAGUUUAAAUGGACGACCUCAUAAAAUGAUUGAACAGCUGAAAAGACAUCUUGAUGACCUGGAAAGAUUCGCUUAUGAGACUGGUGAACAAAGUGAACCACCAACUCAGGCUAUCCUAGAAAAGCAGCGUUUAGUACUAGAAGGUCUACGAGAGAAACUUGAAUUGAAUAUUUCCAAUGUGGAUAAACUUCCAGCUGCUGAACUGCAACAAGUUGUAGACAAGGCUGUCAAUCAAUUUUUAAAUCCUGUAAAAGUUAACGAAAAACUUGUGGAACAGUUGAAAACUCAAGUGAAUGAUUUAGAACGGUUUAUUGAUUUUCUUCACGGCUCUGGUGCAUGCAGUGAUAUUUUAGCUAAAGCAUUAGCUGAUUUCAAGCGUACACAUCAACAGUUAUCAACCAAUAAUGAAACACCAUCGUGUUGUUAUCAUUCUAUUAGAUCACAUACACAAAAUAAUGAUAAUAUUGAUGACAAUGAUCUAGACAAUAGUAGUGUAUUUUCAUCACAUAUCCAUCCUGGUGUACAAUUAGGACAUAGUCGUCAUCUUCAUUCAGAUUAUCAGCAUAGUCAUACAAAUGAUUAUAAUAUUGAUGGUACUGAUGCCUAUUUAGAGGAUAUGACUACUACCGAAGAACAAGAAUUAAGACGUGGAGAUAAUAGAAAACGUGAUGUCAGGAAAUCUCGAUUCACUAUCAUUAACCUUAUUCAACGAGCUAUCACCCUUCUCAACCUGUUUGCAGCAAGUCAAUUGGGUCAAGAUCCCGAUACAUUACUGACAAAAUUCAACAUAAAUAAACAUUCUACUCAUAAAGUUGACAAAUCAAAUUCAUCUACCGUAGAGAAAGCCAAAACACAACACUGGGGAACAAUUCGAGCUCGUCUUGAAAUUGCUAUAAAUAUGGUUCAAGAAAAAGUAGUUACUCUUAACACUUAUAAACUAGGCAAAACAUCAGCAGUCAAUUUAUACCCUACAUAUCAUACAAUGCCAAAUAUGAUUCACUCAUCUACAACACAGUCGGAAACUCGUAAUACUGUUCCGUCUGGACGUGAAAGUCCAGAUGGGAAAGCUAGUAUGCCCACAUAUGAUAGUACAGUUAAAUCCUAUGCAUCACUACGUAAAGGUUUUAGUCAGAAUGAAGUUCCCGGUACUCAAAUUGCUUUACCUGUGCAGAAUUUACAUGAUGCCAGUUUACGUGCACUAUUAUAUGGUGGAAGACCAGAUAGAAUAUUUUCAAAUUCAACUUUGUAUAACGAUAAAAAUGAACUCACUUCAUGCACAGGAGAUAUGGAUGACACAGAAAGCAGCUCAUGUGAGACAUCAGAGCUUCUGUAUACUGAAGCUGAACGCUCUGUGGUGCAUGUUGUACGUCGAUACCUCUGUCCCGCUUUACGUGAUCUUAUCGAACAUGGUCUUAUAAAGAAAGCUUUACAGAAAAUUGAUGAAAAUUCACCUUUGGGCUUAGCAAAUAAACGAAGCAUUUUACUGCUUCGUCCUAUCCUGAACUGUUUAGACUCAAGAUCAAGAAAUCAUUCAGAAGAUAAAUUUGAAUGUUUAGAUUUGAACGAUCCAUCAAGUGAUUACAUUGAUGCAAAAUCUUUUUCGGGGUCCCGUUCUAAUUACAUAGGAACCCAUGCGUGGGAUGUAUUAAUGCGUUUUUAUCAAAUUAAGAAUGGUCCACGGUAUAAUGAGUCUCCGGCGAGAAAACUUUGUGAAAGUUUUGAUUUAGAUACAGUUGAUGGUAAAACAAUCACAAAUCGUCAGAAAUUUUUCAGUGCAAUGGGUAAUGUUCUUCAGGGUCACGUGGCAUACAAGCGCAGUAAAGAUGCCAAGUUCAAAGCAUUCAUUAGUAUUGCACUCAAUGAAGGAAAAUUGGUCCCUUGGCUAAGAAUGAUCUUCCGAAAUCAUGUUUUUGUUCAAUCUAUAUAUGAACCAUGGAGUUAUACUUUGAGUACAGGAUUCAACGAUACUCUACAGUCAUUAGUUAAACUAAAGGAUCUUGAAUUCUCUCUGCCUUACGAUUACAGUAUUCGUCAUUUAAAAGAAAUGCAUGAUGCCUUCUAAACUGCGUGAUGCAUUUGUAAUAUCCAAUGAAAGUGAUGUUCUUUUUUCAUGUCGUCUUUUUUUCUUCAUAUCCAGUGAUAAUUAUAUAAACUAACAAAAGUCAACAUUUUGUUGUUUAUCAUUUGUCUGAAAGUGUAAGUAUUUCUUAUAUCUGCCUACCUAUAAUAUCUUUAUAUAUAUAUAUAUAAUUGUAAUAUUUUUUAUUUCUUUUAUUGAUACAUUAUCUCACCUUAAACAUAACAAUACAUUUAACUCGUGUAUUAGCAUUUGUUUAUACAUGUGAUUGGAGCAUGUACUUUGAUUUAAUCAACCAUAUUAUUGUCUACAUUUGAUCGAAAAUUGAUGAUUGUUGUAUGAUAAACAGAUCUAAUGCAGAUAUAUUUUGAAUUCUUUAUAUUAUGUUUACAAAAAGAUUGCAUAUUUAUUUAUUUCUAUAUUUUUGAGAUGUAAUCCGUAUGUCGUUUUGUAAUUAUGAAAACUAUUUCGUUUAUUCUCUUCACUCUACUUUUGGGCCUCAGCAAGGCAUAAAUAAACUCUAAACGUUAGG